AACUGAACAACAUCCACUCAAGCUCAUCCACCUUUCGAUCCACCAACUUUGUUCAAUCACAAUUCCCAAACACAACAAACGCCUGGGUAGCAUGCAUGAUCAUUCAAUUCUUUAUAUCAUCCCAUUCACACGCCGGUCCCAAAAAUUCCUAUAUAAAUAGCUCAUCGUGUGUCCCUCUCGAUCAUAUUCAUAACAACCCAAACAUUCUCGCUCUUUCUUAAGUUUGUUUCCUUAAAUCGUUCACAGCUAUUUUUUAUCCUUUGGCUAGUUGAGCUACUUGAAGUACGUAGUACAUUGACAAUGGGUAAGUUCAGUUUUAGUUUCAUGUCUUUUGCCCUAAUUGCUUUGCUUGUUUCAAGUGCCUUUGUUAUGUCUGAAAGCCGCGUGGCAAGAAAAGACCUGGGGAUAGACCUCGGUGGGAUUGGAAUUGGUGUGGGUGCUGGAGUAGGUGUCGGGCUGGGUGGGAGUGGAGCAGGCUCCGGUGCUGGAGCGGGUUCGGGGUCUGGGGGUGGGUCUAGCUCUAGCUCAAGCUCAAGCUCAAGUUCAUCGUCUUCUUCAAGAUCCAGCGGGUCGGGCGGAGCAGGGUCUGAAGCAGGUUCAUCUGCUGGGUCUUAUGCAGGCUCUAGGGCUGGGUCUGGGUCAGGAAACCGAGGACGAGGCUAAGACGUCCUCCCAUCCAUGCGGGAAAUCGUCACCUUGCUAUUAGUUUUGGUUAUUGAACAAAAUUAUGUGUAAAAAAUAUGAAUAAAUAAUUGGCUAUGGAAGAAUUAAACUUAAAUAGAUGGUUGGUCACUGCUCAAUGUUUCUCUGUAAUAUGAUAUGUACUUUCUUUGAGUGCUUGUCAAUAAAAGAAUUGCCUGGUAGUAAAUUAAUCUUAGUUUCAAA